AUGCCCUCCAUCGCCAAAAUCACCACCGUCUUCCUCCUCGCCCUCACCUCCGGAACCCUCGCAGAACCUCCCCGCUUCCCGGCGCCCGAACCUCUGGUCACAUGCCUCGAGAACAUCUACCAUGAGGGUUACCAAUGUCCCGGCGCCGCGGGAGUAAGGGGCUGCUCCGAAAACCGCUAUGAUUUGUUGAUUUGCCAGGCGGUCAGCUUCAACGGUGUGACAACUGAUCAGCCGUCGUUGGUUCAGCACUGCGGUGCAGCCUCUUGUCAUGCCGAUCCCAAUACCUGCGUCCUUUCCUGCUGA